AUGGCAUCGAGUAGGUCAAAUGCCCGUAUUAUUAGGUUUGCAAUAUUUGCACUUGUACUUAUAGGCUGUGGAUUUAUUCUUUCUAAGGGAUCAUCCUUUCAAGGGGAGUUGACAGCUGUGAAGGAGACAGCUCCAGUACCCGAAAAACAAGUUGAAGAUAACCAGCAACUUCUUGGGCAACAGGAUACAGUACCUGCUGAGCAGAAGCCAAAACAAGGUGUUACCAACAAGGUAAGGGCCACCUUUGUCACGUUAGCUAGAAAUAGUGACUUAAAUUCUAUUCUUGGUUCCAUCCGGCAAGUUGAAGAUAGAUUUAAUAACAAGUUUCACUAUGACUGGGUCUUUUUAAAUGAUGCUGAAUUCAGUGAGGAAUUCAAAGAGGCCACGUCAGCUGUUGUUUCGGGAGAGACCAAGUAUGGCUUGAUUCCUCAGGAACACUGGUCGUAUCCAGAUUGGAUUGACAAAGAAAAGGCUGCAAUGACAAGAGAAACUAUGCGUGAAAAGAAAAUCAUUUAUGGUGAUUCAGAAUCUUACAGACACAUGUGCCGUUACGAGUCAGGAUUCUUCUGGAGACACGAAUUGAUGAUGCAGUAUGACUAUUACUGGAGAGUAGAACCUGAUAUCAAAAUCUUCUGUGAUAUUGAUUAUGAUAUAUUUGAUUGGAUGCAGAAAAAUGACAAGGAGUAUGCUUUCACGAUAUCUUUGCCGGAGUACAAGGAUACAAUUGAGACGUUAUGGGAUAAUGUUAAAAUAUUUAUGAAGGAGAAUCCACAAUAUAUUGCCAAAGACAAUUUAUUAGAUUGGAUCUCUGAUGACAAGGGUCAGACAUAUAACGGAUGCCACUUCUGGUCCAACUUUGAGGUUGCCAGUUUGAAAUUGUGGAGAUCGGAGGCUUAUCAGAAGUUUUUUGAGCAGUUGGACAAAGCUGGUGGAUUUUUCUACGAAAGAUGGGGUGAUGCGCCAGUACAUUCCAUUGCUGCUGCAUUACUCUUACAGAAAGAUAAAAUCCACUUCUUUGAUGAUUUAGGAUACUACCACGUUCCCUUUAAUAACUGCCCUGUAAACAAAGAGACGAGAUUGUCGAAGAAAUGUGUAUGUGAUCCAAAUUCUGAUUUCACCUGGAGAGGUUAUUCUUGUACUCCAAAAUACUAUAAAGUCAUGAACAAGAAAAGGCCAUCCGGUUGGGAGAACUUUACUAGUUAG